UCCGCAAAGAACCAAAUGCUUACUAGUCCCUCGAUUCCUCCUAUUGAUGAGGCUUACAGUAGGCUCAGCAGAAUUCCGAUCUCUGCAUCGACUGUUCCUGAUACCACUUCUGCUAUGCUUGCUACUCGUGGCAGAGGUGGACCCUUUUUUCCCAGAGGACGAGGGGGCCGUGGCCGUGGCAAUACCCCUUCGCGCCCUGUAUGUCUGUUUUGUCACCGCAUUGGUCAUACUGUGGAUAAGUGUUGGCAGAAACAUGGCCGUCCAGUUUUUGCAAAUCAGACUGUAUCUACUGAUUCUCCUGAGCAGCCUAAGCCUCAGCACACUGCCUCCUCCAGUGAGCUGCAUGUAGAUGACAUUCUCUCUCAGUUGAGGCACUUGAUUGGCGACAGCGCCCAUCAAGCCCCUGGUCCGACCACUUCUACUGUUCCUACCGCUGCGAGUGCUUCUUCAUCUGGAUAUACUGACGGGCAGGGUGAUUGGCAGUGGCCGUGAACAGGGAGGUCUCUACAGGCUAUUGCAUUCCUUUCCCUUUGCUGGAUCUACCUCGUCGAGGUCCUCCUCAUCCUCAACUUAUACUUGGCAUUUACGUUUUGGACAUCUCCCGUUUCAGAAACUGCUGCAUGUUCUCCCUCAGCUGUCUCAUAAGUCGUCUUUUCAAUGUGAGUCUUGUCAGUUAGGCAAACACCAUCGGUCAUCCUUUCCUCUGCGGUCCAGUAGAAGUAGCCACUCUGUGUUUGAGUUACUUCAUUUUGAUGUUUGGGGCCCGAGUCGUACUCCUGACCUUCAGGGUCAUCGGUAUUAUCUUGUUGCUAUUGAUGAUUACAGUCGUGUUAGUUGGGUUUUUCUUAUGAAACACAAAUCUGAAGCGGGUCGUGUAAUCAAAAAUUUUAUCAAUGAAAUUCUGACUCAGUUUGAUACUUGUGUCAAGAUUGUGCGCUCUGACAAUGCUCUUGAGUUCUGUGCUUCCUCUUUAGAACAAUUUUUCAGGGAUAAGGGUAUCAUUCACCAAACUUCUUGUGCCUAUACCUCUCAACAAAACGGGGUUGCUGAAAGAAAACACCGCCAUAUUCUUGAUGUCGCCAGAACCAUUAUCAUACACAGCCAUAUUCCCCAUUCUUAUUGGGGAGAUGUUGUUCUUACAGCAUGCAAUCUUAUUAAUCGCAUGCCGUCAUCUGUGUUGGGAGAUCUUGUGACGCUCGUUGUUUGGCAGGACGGGUCGGGUCAGGGUCCAGACCCGGACCCGAGCCCCUCACUCGUGAGCGAGCCCGACCCCGCCUCCCCUCCCCCCCGUCUUUCCUUCUUCUCCGCCUUUCCCCCUCUUCGUCUGCUACGACAGUAGCUUGGUGAAGCUCGAGGGCGGUGGGUGGAGCAGCGGCGAAGGUGACUGAAGGGGGCAGCGGCAGCAACGGCGACGGAGGUGGCAGCGGCGGCGGCGGCUUGGUAAAACCCUCUCUCUCUUGUUCUUUGUUUCCCUUCUCCACCACUCUCAUGUUCCUUUGCCCUCCCUAUCGAAUGCUCUCUCUUCCUCUCUCUCGCCCCUCU